ACUAUAUUUGCCGUAUACAGUAAAUAUAAAAAUAUUUUAAAUAGAUGAUCAGUUUAAAAUUAUUUUUUAAUGCUAAAUAAUUUGUAAUAAAUGUUUUGAAGUAAUAUAAUUGUUUCCUAAGUAGAGAAAACCAAAACGAUGGCGGGCAUGUGGUGGCAUGAGGGGCUGUAGGGCCCGAGCAACGAAGCGUUAUUGUGGCGCUACACUCCACGGUGGGCCUCCGCUCUCUCUCUCUCUCCCUCUCUCCCUCCCUUUCUUCUAUCUAUCUGUCUCUUCGUGAGAAUCUGUUGCAGGGGAAGCGGCUGGAAUUUUUUUUCCCGAUGCUUUUCGAGCGUGCAAGUCAGAAGCGCGUCGUUUCAUUUCGUACGUGCGUAGCCUAAUCAUUGCCUUCCUCUCUCUGUCUCUCUCUGGUUUCUUCCCUCUCUCUUAUUUAAUGGCCGGAAGAGGUGAGAUAUCGGUUCUCCUCAACAUCUGCGUCCGCUUCGCCUCUCCAUCCUCACUUCCAUCUCUCCGAGGCGCUUCUCCUUUGGGCGGUGCAUGGAAGUUCCUAAAGCUCGCAGCCAGGCCAUGGCUGGCCAACAGCUGGGAGGGCUGCGACUGUGCCCCAAGAACCAGCCGCAGCAGCAGGAGAGGAAGCUAGUUAGACCUCAUCCAGAACAGGCCCUCAAAUGCCCCCGCUGUGCCUCCACCAACACCAAGUUCUGCUACUACAACAACUACAGCCUCUCCCAACCCAGAUACUUCUGCAAGGGCUGCAGGAGGUAUUGGACUCAGGGAGGCUCCCUUAGGAACGUUCCCGUCGGAGGUGGCUGCAGGAAGAACAAAAGAUCCACCGCUUCCUCUAAGAAGGCGCAAGACACUGAUCCCGUCGCCGCCGACUCCACAAACGAUCAUCCACUCCCCCCUCCCUUCUUUCCUCCACCACUUCUCCAUGACCUCACCUUGGCCUUCGAUGGCCAUGGCUUUCUCCCGGACCAUGUACUUAACCUCGACAUUUGCGGCUCUGUCGACACCGUGAACCCAAGUGGCUCGAACGACCUUUGCUAUGGCCUCGGUGGUGUCGCCGGGGAAGAUGGACUCGUCCGAUUUGAGGGAGGAGGACUGGGAGAUGCAACAGACAGAGCAGUGGCCGGCCGUAAGGACAUGGACGAAGGGGAGACCAAAGCUUCGAUGGGCCUUCCAUGGGCUGGUGUUGGUUCUUCUUGGUAUGGACUCAUCAGUAGCUCCACCACGACCACCCUCGGAGACGCCUAUGCUUUCUUCUGAGGCUACUGCUGCCUGCGUUCUCGGUUCCUUCAUCGUAUUCCGCCUUCUUUUCCCCUGCUGUUUACUACACAUAUUGUGGGGUGGGUGAUGAUGACUCCACGAUUACACAGUAAGAUUAGGGUUCAAAGGGAGGGAUGUGGUGACUGCAUCAGUUUGUAUGGCUGUGUCUGCACGGGGAAGCAGAAGGAGACGCUGCGAGAUAGAAUAAUUUCGACAACGAAAUCUUAGUUCAGAUACGGAGGAUUUAUUACACAUGAGAUCUUUUUUUGGGGGUGAAACAGUCGACCUAAAUAGCAGUGACGUGAUUUGGGAAUGCACAGUGUGUGUUCCUCCAGACAAUGUAUGCAGCUCCAAAGCCCAAAAGGAUAUGAUCUCUUACAA